AUGCCGGACGCGGACGCCCCACCACCACCACCGACCCCCGCCAUCCCACCCGGGUCCUGGGUCGUCGUCACCGGCGCCAACGGCUUCAUCGCGUCGCACAUCUCCCUGGAGCUGCUCAGGCGCGGCUACCGCGUCCGCGGCACCGUCCGCGACCUAGCCAAGUGCGAGCCCUGGCUCGCCGGCGAGCUGUUCGCCGACUACGCCCGGGCCGGCGCCUUCGAGCUCGCCGGCGUGCCCGACAUCGCCGCGCCGGGCGCGUUCGCGCGGGCAAUCGAGGGCGCGUCGGGCAUCGUGCACGUCGCGUCCGUGACGAGCUUCGACCCGGACCCGUCCAACGUCGUGCCGCCGGCCGUGGCGGCCGCGACGGGCAUCCUGCGCGCCGCGCUCGCCGAGCCCUCCGUCCGGCGCUUCGUCUUCACGAGCUCGUCCAGCGCGGCGGCCAUGGCUACCGCGCCGGGGCACGUCGGCCGGGACACGUGGAACGAUGCGGCGACGCACCUGGCCAACACCAUGCCCAAGGAGGCGCCUGCCAAGGGCCCGAUCGUGUACAUGGCCAGCAAGGUGGCCGCGGAGAAGGCGGUGUGGGAGUUUGCGGACAAGGAGAGGCCGCAGUUCGCGGUGAAUGUCGUCAGCCCCUUUACGAACUUUGGGAGGGUGCUCCACAAGAAUCAGCCCGGGUCUACGACUGGCUGGGUCAAGAAGAUGUACUUGGGCCUGGAGGCACCUACCAAGAUGCUACCCAGCUGUGAGCAUCUCCCCGCAUGCUUCAAUUUGUUAUCUGAAGAAUCCGCAAAAGCUAAUGUCCAUCUUUCAGCCAUUUUCAUCCAUGUCGAUGACGUUGCUCUUUUGCAUGCAGCUGCGCUCUUGGAUCCCAACGUUAACAGUGCCCGCCUCCAGGCUUGGAACUCGCCCUUCAACUGGAGGGAUGUUGCCGCGAUCAUUCACAGGUUGUAUCCUGAUUCGAGAGUCAUCACAGAUGUCGAGGACUCGCCAAGGCCCACAUUGACAGCUGACACGGAGGAGCCGCUUAGGCUACUGAAAGCUUGGGGAGGCCGGGACGGGUUCAGGUCAUUGGAAGAGGCCGUCAAAGACACCGUGGACGGUGUGAUUCAAAACUCAGCCUAA